UCGACCGAGUCGCACCGAGUCGGCCCGAGUGCGGCUUCGACCGCCGAGUUCUCCCAUUGGUCACACAUCCGCCCUGUCGUCGUAGUUCGCGUUCAUUCGGUCGCUCUCGUUGUAAACCAAAAGUUAUUCCGGUAGCGUGAACGGUGUGUUGAGGUUGUAAUUCCGCGAUCGGUUGACAUGUGAAUUUUACCUAACCUAACCUUUUAUAUCCGUGCUUCGCGUAUUAAAACUCAUUUGAUUCCCUCUCGUUAAUAAGACAAAUCUGGCUCAUUAUUUUAGUAGCGCGAAUCGUCGAGACAAACAUGAAGACAAAUACAAUUUCCGGAGUAAUCGCGCUCGACCGCGCUUGACUUUAUACGCGUGAUUCGACAGUGAAUUUUGCUUCGGUGUGAACGCGACGUAUUUUCGAUUUCUUGAUUUUUUUCGAUCAGUUUCCCGCCGGCGUAGCGAAAAAACAGAAGUAACUUGCACAUUUUUCAUUCAAGAUGACGUCAUCCGUUUACGUCUCCCGCAUAAACCAAAUCGAUGCCGCUGAACUAGACUUGGAAAUCUACAACGUUCUGAAGAACCAGACCAAAGAAAUCACCAAAUACACUCCACCCGGUAUGAUCGACAAGUGGCAAGCGGAAGUGGACGUUAUUCUGAAAUUUCUCAUAUGGAAGUUUUCGCUGCAUCACGGCUCCUCCACAUUCGGACAGCGACUUCUCAAUCUGCAAUAUGCCAACAUCUCUGAGAAGAAAGCUGUUCUUUACCUGAUCCUAACUGUUCUACCUCACUAUCUAAAAGACAAAUUGUCCACUGUGAGUUCUUCGGAUCACGUGAUCGUUCAGAAAUUGAAAGUUUUCGUCGAUUGGACAGCGAACGUGAUCGGUCUCAUAGAGAUCGUGAAUCUGCUCGUUUUUCUCCAUCGAGGUAUACAACCGCGCGUGAUUGAGCUUAUUCUAGGUCUUAACACUCGGUCGAUAACGACUCAUCGACCCAGAAUCAUUGGCUACUCGUAUAUGACGAGAGAGCUGCUGUGGCACGGACUGAUGGAACUCUUUACUGUCGGCUUACCUAUGAUAAACUUCCACUAUCUGAAGCACGUUGUAACGAAAUUGUGGCGACGUAAGCCAACGAUAAGAAGGUCGUACCCAGUGUUAGACGCCUCGACCAAGUGUGUCUACUGUGGCGAAAAUCCGAUUCUGCCGUCGCACGCCGGCUGCGAGCACAUCUUUUGCUAUUACUGCUUGCGAGCCCACUUCACGGCGAUGAGGGCAUUCUCUUGUCCCGGUUGUAACGUGGAACUCCACACCGAGGAUAUGAAGAGAUACACGAUCGCGAGUACGUUUUCGAGCGACGACGAAGAAUCGGAUGACAGUUUCGUGAAGGUGGACGAUGGAUGAUAAACGUAUGUACAGUUUUAGUUUUCAAAAAUAAAUAAAGUGAUAUGAGCGGUGAUUGGAAUAAUAUGGUGAUGAGUGUAAGUGCACACAAUAAGCUUUAAAUUUAUUAUAUUUUGAUUUUAAUAAAAUAAAAAAACGUAUCUUUGAAUUAAAAAAAAAAACAAAAUUGUUUGAUAUUGCAAAAACAGAACUAGAGUCUUAGAAAAACAAAAUUUGCAGCUAUGAUCAAAGUUGAACAACAAAUUGUUGAAAUAAAACGAGUGUUGAUUUGUCGAAACGCGCGGCAAAUGAAAAUAAAAGUACAAACAUUUUAUAUUAAAAACAUGUUAUAAUAUAAAUAUAAUUAGUACAAUUGUUAAAAGAAAAUUAAAAAUAUAAAAAAAAUGAAAAAAUUACAAAGACAAAAUUUGUCUCUUUGGUUGUACAAUUGUUUGUUGAUAGAUAACGUCAACAAAACAAAGAUAAUAGGAUGUAUUUUUGAUUGUAGGAAAAAGGAAAAGGGAUUGUGUGUACGAUAUUUAUCAAUAUUUAUUUAUUAAAAAUAGCAAUAUACAAAAUCUUCUUUAUUUUUUAUUUCAAUACAACAAAUCCCAAUUAUCGGGCGACUAACAUUUUGUUUCUUUAGUAUUUCUUUAUUUUCGAAAUAAACACUAAUAAUAAUAGAUCAAUAUAUAUUAUUCUGCCUCUU